CUACUUAUGGUGCUAACUCUGUCUCUCCUCUCUCUUCCAGGGAGCAUACGUCACCUGUUGUCCUUCUCUCUCUCCUCUUGUCUGUGUCCCUGACCAGUCAUGCCUCACACUCAGAAGAGUAAUCUCUGUGUACGUGAGAAACGCCAGCAGAAACAAGGUGAGACCAAGGUUCUCAGGGGUGCUCAGGCCAUGGCAACAGCAAAAGAAAAGUUUCCCUCCUCUUCAGCUCCUCCUUUUGGGCGUACUACCCAGAGAAAGCCUGGUGCUAAGUCACGUAGCACUUUGCAGGGCCCUGAGAGAGCCCUAUCCACCCUCACUACUUCUCCAGGGGCUUCACGUACAAGAUCUUAUGCAGGUGCCAAGAGCAAAGGUAAGAAAAGGCGAUGUUCCUCCCAGGACCAACCAUCCACUAAGCGGUCCCGCAGAGACCCUCUAACCGAGAAGGUGGGUACACUGGUGCAGUUCCUGGUGCAAAAGUAUAAAAUGAAAAAGCUUGUCAUGAAGGAAGACAUGCUGAAGAUUGUCAACAAAAAGUACAAGAAACGCUUCCUCGAGAUCCUCAGGAGAGCUUCUUUCAGCAUGGAGGUGGUCUUUGGCAUCACCUUAAAGGAAAUCGACUCCAUCAAGCACUCCUAUGCCCUUGUGAGCAAAAUGGACCUCCCGAACAAUGGGAGGCUGAAUCGUGGCAGGGGGUUGCCAAAAACUGGUCUCCUGAUGAUUCUUCUGGGCGUGAUCUUCAUGAAUGGCAACUGCGCCAGUGAGGAGAAGAUCUGGGAAUUCCUGAAUAAGAUGAAAAUUUUUGCAGGGAAGAGGCACUUCAUGUUUGGGGAGCCUAGGAAACUUAUCACCCAAGAUUUUGUGAAGCUAAAAUACCUGGAGUACCGGCAGGUGCCCAACAGUGAUCCUCCAAGCUAUGAAUUUCUCUGGGGUCCCAGAGCCCAUGCUGAAACCAGCAAGAUGAAAAUCCUGGAGUUUUUGGCCAAGAUCAAUGAUACCGUGCCAAGUGCUCUCCCAUCCUUGUAUGAAGAGGCCUUGAGAGAUGAGGAAGAGAGAGCCAGAGCCACAGUUCCAGACCGGGCUGAUCCUACUGCUAUGGCCAGUGUAGUGCGUGCUCCCGUGCCAGGUCCAGCAGCUCCUCCCAGGCCCAGUGAAGCGUGAGGCAGAUUCUUCACUUUGUGGUUGAAGAGGGCAGUCAUCGUUCCAAGUAGUGGAGGGCUGGGUGGGACAGGAGGGAACACAGUGUAUCAUACCUUUCUGUUUCUGCUCUAUGUAGGUCACUUAGGGAUUUAACUGUAUGUUCUUUCUUUAUUUUUCAAAUGUUAACCCUUUCAAGUGAAGGCUGUUUUUAGCAUUAUAAUCUAAGUUCAUUAAUGACAUGGAUAACACAUUUAUCGAUGUUUCUCAAGUUUAAGAUAAAGAGCUUUGCUAUUUUGGGAAAGAAAAAAAAGGGGGGGAACCUUCCAUUUUAGUGAUCUGAAGGAAAAUACAUGACAUUCGAACAGGCAUUUCUUAGAAAUGUAAAGAACACAGCAGUAAAAAAAGAUACAAGAAAUAGAGAAAAAAGUAAGAU